UGAUAGCACAUAUGACAGUUUUGAAGAGGUCAAUGGGUCUGACUCGAGUCAAAAGUUAACCAAUAGAGCACCAAGGACGAGUAGAUUAGAGUUCAAGAAUGUUGAUGCAGAAUUAUAUGAUCUACGCCGAUCAGGCCGUAGUCGUCGCCCUCCAAAGAUUAUUGAUGAUGAUGAUGACGGCGAUGACAAUGUUGACGAGGAAGAAGAGGUAAUUUAAUGAUGCUUGAUACGUUAUUAGUAGUUUAACUUCAUCAUGGUAUUUCAAUGCAUUUGACUGGUCAAAAAAAUCCAAAAUCAUUUACAUUUCCUCAGAGUGAUUUUGAAAACGAUGAGGAUGAUGCUUCGGACUCGGGCACAGCUGAAGGAUCAGAAGAUAGCGGCAGCGACUUUGGAUAUAGUAACAGAAAGAAGGCAGCGUCCAAGAAACAGACAAAAUCGCCCAGAUCUUCAACGCAAAAAGACUCGAGAUCAAACGGUCGAGGUAGUCAGAGGGUGACUCCCCAAGACACGCCUUCUGCUAGUGAUUCUGAUGAGGACUGGGGAAGUUCUAAGAAAAGAUCUGGCACCAAACGUAGGAAACGAAAUACUAAAGCUAACAUCGAUACAGAGUCUGGAAUGCGGUACUCGUCUCGGGGGGGUCAAGUGAAUUAUAAUGAAGACGAUAAUGACUGGGGUAUAAGUUCAGAAGAUGACAAGCUUCCAGUAUAUACGAAACCCGCAGCUCCAGAAGAAGAAGGUGAUGUCAUUGAAAGUAUACAUGACUUUCGUCGAUCCGAAGCCACAGACGAUGAUCCAGAUGAACCAGAUGAUCCACAUCACAAUAUGGAGUUCUUGAUCAAAUGGAAGAACCACAGCCACAUGCACAAUACAUGGGAGCAAUAUCAGGACCUGCGGCAGUAUAAAGGGUUCAAGAAGGUGGACAGCUACAUUCAGCGAAUUGUAUACCCAGAAAUUGCUCUGAAGUCUGAUCCCACAACAACUCGAGAGGAAAUUGAACAGUCAGAUGUGAACCGAGAGAUGCUCCGCGAUGAACUCAAGGAUUAUACGUCUGUUGAACGCAUCAUUGCUUCUCGGAUCUCAAAGACAGGCGAAACUGAGUACUUUUGCAAGUGGCUCCGUUUGCCUUACAGCGCCGCCACCUGGGAAACAGAGAAUCGAAUUUCUGAAAACCAUCAGGCAGAAAUCGAUGCGUUUCUGGACCGUGAAUCAAGUCAGAAGGUGCCCUACAAGACCGCCAUUUAUUCAAAAGGACAGAGACCACCCUUUAAAAGGAUUGUCACACAACCUGAUUUUCUUGUUGGCGGCCAGCUUAGAGAUUAUCAGUUGACAGGUUUGAACUGGAUGUCACGACUAUGGUCGAGGAACGAGAAUGGCAUCCUGGCAGAUGAAAUGGGACUAGGAAAAACUGUUCAAUCGAUUUCAAUCAUUUCUUAUCUAUUUCACCAGCAUAAUCUUUACGGUCCUUAUUUGGUUGUGGUUCCUCUUUCAACCAUUGGUGCCUGGCAACGAGAAAUUGAGCGAUGGGCACCCGACAUGAAUUUGAUCGUGUAUAUUGGUGAUGCUGCAAGUCGACAAACUAUUCGUGAAUACGAGUUUUAUCAAAAGGGAUCAUCCACCAAGAUUCGGUUCAACAUUCUACUUACUACAUUUGAAUUGGUUCGCAUGGAUCGCGCAGAACUGGACAGGAUCAAGUGGACCUAUCUUGCUAUCGACGAGGCACAUCGACUCAAGAAUAAACAAUCACAACUUCAUGAGACUCUUAAAGACUUUCACACUGCGAAUCGAUUGCUAAUCACAGGAACCCCAUUGCAGAACAGCGUCAAAGAAUUGAUUGCACUUUGCAACUUUUUGAUGCCUGAUAAGUUCGUGGAUGAUGAUGUUGAGAUUGAUAUGGCGGAUGCAGAACAGGAGGCCAAGAUUCGUGAUUUACAUGAAAGUCUAAAACCAUACAUGCUUCGUCGUCUAAAGAAGGAUGUUGAAAAAUCUUUGCCCAAGAAGACGGAGCGUAUUCUCCGUGUAGAACUAUCCCAGCUUCAGACUCAUUACUACAAGAACAUUCUCACUAAAAACUUUGCUGUUUUGAAUAAGGGUGUGUCGGGACAUGGACAACUCAGUCUGCUCAACAUUGCCAUGGAGCUUAAGAAGGCGAGCAACCACCCUUACCUGUUCCCAAACGCCGAGGUGGUCUCUGACAAACGUGAUGAUCAACUCAAAGGGAUUGUUAUGAGCAGCGGCAAGAUGGUUCUAUUGGAUAAGCUGUUAACAAGGCUCAAGAAAGACGGGCAUCGCGUGCUGAUCUUUUCUCAGAUGGUGAGGAUGCUGGACAUCAUGACCGACUAUUUGGCCCUGCGCGGAUUUGCUUUUCAACGUUUAGAUGGCAGCGUUGGCUCUGAGGCUCGUAAGCGAUCUAUUGAGCACUUUAAUGCACCCAACUCAAUCGAUUUUGUUUUUUUACUCUCGACACGUGCUGGAGGACUCGGUAUCAAUUUGGAGACAGCCGAUACAGUAAUCAUUUUUGACUCGGAUUGGAAUCCUCAGAACGAUCUACAGGCUAUGGCUCGUGCUCAUCGUAUUGGACAAAAGAACGUAGUAAACGUCUAUCGGUUUGUCUCAAAAGAUACGAUCGAGGAGGACAUUAUUGAGCGUGCCAAGAGGAAGAUGGUGUUGGAGUAUUGUAUCAUCAAACAGAUGGAUACCUCAGGGUUGGAAAUUUUGCAACAAAAAAAGGCUGCUGAGACCUCGACUGGCUUCACUAAGGAUGAACUAUCAGCUAUUCUUAAGUUCGGAGCCCAGAGUAUGUUUCAGCAGGCAGAUGGCGCGGCUAAUAAGAAGUUGGACGAGCUGGAUCUCGACGAGAUUUUGGCGCGCGCUGAGGAUCAUGAUACAACCGAUGCAGUCAAUAUGGCUGGUGGCGAAGAAUUUUUGAGUCAGUUUCAGUACGCAGAUUUUGGUGCUGGAGACAUGUCCUGGGAUGAAAUCAUUCCAUUGGAAGAGCGUGAGCAAUUUGAAGCAGAAGAACGGGCAAAGUUAGAGGAGCAACUCUACACUCCUCGCAAUCGUGGUCGAGUCUCGUAUGCUGAAGGUAGAAACAACUCACCAUCACCAGAGUCCGAAAGUGGCCGUCGUCGGAAGCGUAAAGCAUCCAGUAGCUCAAACUCUGCCCCUGCAGGACCCAAGAAAAAGCGUGGUGCAGGACUAGACCCUUCAGAGCUGAACACAAAAGAUCUACGUGCUCUUGCACGUGGUAUGCUUAAAUUUGGCAUUAUCACGGAUCGCUACAAAGAUGUUGUAGGAGAAGCGGAACUUGAAGAUAAGGAAGAGAAUGUUGUCAAAAAAGAGGCUGAAGACCUUAUCCAUGCCUGUGAAGAUGCUCUAGGAGUAUCUCAUGAUUCAAUUGACAAUCAAGAUGAUGAUGAGGACUUGCCGUACGCAAAGAAAAAUGCAAAGGCGGUUUUAUUCACUUACAAAGAGAUGGACAAGAUGAAUGCAGGCCAAAUGAUUCUUCGUCUUAAGGAUUUGAGAGCCAUGAACAGAAGGUUGGAUGGAACGGACCUUACCAAGUUCAGAAUGAAUGUGCCUCUGAAGCCCGUCUUGAACUGGUCGUGUUCAUGGGGUCAGAAGGAAGACGCCAUGUUAGUAGUCGGAAUCUAUAAACAUGGAUUUGGGGCUUGGGAUAAAAUUCAAGACGAUACAUCCUUAGGAUUUGCCAAGAAGUUUUUCUUAUCGACACAAGAUGCCAAGGAUUUGAAAAAGAUCCCCAAAGCUCUCCAUCUGGUUCGUCGUGGCGAAUACUUGUUAAAGACACUUCGUGAAUCAGAACGUGACAAGAAAACGAGGCAAUCCGCAGCAGCAUCCUCUGGAUCAAGACGUGAGCCCGGCAAAUUAUCUCGGCAUUCCACUAGUAACAGUAACUCACGAGAUUUAGUGAAACCUAAUAGCAGUAACAGCCGGUCAGCAUCGAAGCAUAGCACAAACAGCGGCAAUAAAUCCCGAAAUUCCAAAGCCCGACCGACUCGCUCAUCUAGAAAUGACGCUGGCUCAGAAUCAGAAGCGACUGUAGAGUCUCCGAAUAGCCACCAUGACGAGUCAAGCAAGGAUCUAUUGCGAGGUGUUGGUCGUGAUCUAAGAACCAUCAGAGAGUCAGGCAAGAAUGCUGUCGAGCCGCAAGUUAUUGCAGAGUGUUUGGCACGUAUCGGUCGUGAGAUUGAGAGUAUUGUAGUUAGCGUGUCUUCGGCCUCCAAAUCAAGGUCGGAUCGUGACCGGCUAUCAAAACAACUAUGGACGUAUGCAGGCAAGGCAUUCCCGACAGGAGCAAUUCACUAUGCACAAUUACGCAAAGGAUACCUUGACAUCAAAAACGCAGAGGAACAAGCAUCAGGGUCGCCAUCAAAAAGUCGCCAACCAUUAGAGGACGGACGAAGAUCAAGCCACAGGCGAUCAAGUCCAUCUUCGUCUCGACGAGACUAUAGUCGUGGUCGUGAUACUUCAAAUGGAGGCCAUCAUCGAUCUAGGUCAGGCAAAGAUGGUAGUGCCAGCCCUCAGCGAUCUUCCAGCUCGAGACGUAGAUCCAAAGAUAGAAUGCAUUCUCGUCCACGGAGGAGUGAUUCCCUUGAGGAUGAACGGUCGCGGUACAGAGACUACCGUUCAGGCUCCUCGCGCGAUCGGGGUGGCUCAUCUAGACACCGAUAUCGUUCUGACGAUGAUGAUGACGAAAACCAUGGAAGACCAACUAAGCGUCGGAGCAUAGGAGAUGGCAUCCGAGAGAGUGAUCAUGUUGGUAACAAUAGUAAUGGAAGUAUUGCCAAUGGCAACAGUAGCCAUGAUGACCGCUCCCGAGAUAACAACCGCAAGAGGGAUCGUUCAUAUGAUCGUAGUGAUCGUAGUGAUCGUCGAGAUCGCAGCCGGGAUCGCAGCCGGGAUCGCAGCCGGGAUCGCUCUGGAAGAGGAAGAGACAGAAACCGUGAUAGAAGUCGAGACCGAUCACGUGGUCGUAGUCGAGAUGACAACAGGCGGUAUCGAUAGGACAAGGCCACCUGAUUAAAUGUGUAGAUCAAGCAAGGCUGUCAUAUACUUAAAGAAUACUAUUAUAAUUAUUGUAUAAAAAAAAGUAACAAUAG